AUUGGAUACUAGUCGUCAGGGUAGGCGGGGGAAUGGCGCGUGCGCGCGGAUGUCCGUUACCGCCUAGCAGCGCGCGCGUCUACUGAGGCUGGAGUGAAGGGGGCGAGCGCAGGGGGACCCGCUGUCCUCAGACAGACUGGCACGAGGCGGUCGCUGGCCUUUCUUUAUAGCAAGAACGGAAGCUCAAGGCGUCGGUGUAACGACUACGGCCUUAAAGAGAGACAGAGCGCGCGAUUCCGCUUGAGCUUGUCCCUGAGAGAAGCGACCGCCGCGUCGGGUUCGACACCUUCUAGGCCGCUGUGGGCGGGGCUUACAGGGACGAGGCCGGCCCUCCCGGGCCCCGCGCGCUUUCAGGAUGUCGGCACAGGCCCAAAUGCGCGCGAUGUUGGACCAGCUCAUGGGCACCUCCCGGGACGGGGACACUACCCGUCAACGAAUCAAAUUCAGUGAUGACAGAGUAUGCAAAAGUCAUCUUCUCAACUGCUGCCCUCAUGAUGUCCUCUCUGGAACAAGGAUGGACCUUGGAGAAUGUCUGAAGGUGCAUGAUUUGGCAUUAAGAGCGGAUUAUGAAAUUGCAUCCAAAGAACAAGACUUUUUCUUUGAGCUUGAUGCUAUGGAUCAUCUGCAGUCAUUCAUCGCUGACUGUGAUAGGAGAACUGAAGUGGCAAAGAAGAGAUUGGCAGAAACACAGGAAGAGAUCAGUGCUGAAGUUGCAGCCAAGGCUGAAAGAGUCCAUGAAUUGAAUGAAGAAAUUGGGAAGCUGCUUGCGAAAGUAGAACAACUUGGAGCUGAUGGAAAUGUGGAAGAAUCACAGAAAGUAAUGGAUGAAGUAGAGAAAGCAAGGGCAAAGAAGAGGGAAGCAGAGGAAGUGUAUAGAAAUUCAAUGCCUGCCUCUAGCUUCCAGCAGCAGAAGCUUCGUGUCUGUGAAGUGUGCUCAGCCUACCUUGGUCUACAUGAUAAUGACAGGCGGCUUGCUGAUCACUUUGGAGGAAAACUCCACUUGGGUUUUAUUGAAAUAAGAGAGAAGCUUGAAGAGCUUAGGAGAAUUGUGGCUGAUAAACAAGAGAAAAGAAAUCAGGACCGCCUCAAGAGGAGAGAAGAGAGGGAGAGGGAAGAAAGAGAAAAGCUAAGGAGGUCCCGAUCCCAUAGCAAGAACCCCAAGAGAUCUAGAUCCCGAGAUCGCCGCAAACAUCGAUCUCGUUCAUCCUCACGUGACCGAAAGAGAAGAACUCGAUCAAGAUCCCGUGAGAAACGUCAUCGUCACAGAUCUCGUUCCACCAGUCGCAGCAGGAGCCGCAGUCACCAGAGAAGCAGGCAUAGCUCCAGGGACAGGAGCAGAGAACGCAGCUCUAAAAAAAGAUCCUCAAAAGAAAGAUCAUCCAGAGAUAAAGAACGGUCAAGAGACCGUAACAGAACAUCACGUGACAAAGACAGGAGCUCCAGAGAGAAAUCGCCUAGAGACCGGGAUUGCAAAGACAGGAAGCGUUCCUAUGAAAGUGCUAAUGGCCGAUCAGAAGACAGAAGGAGCUCAGAGGAGCGUGAAGCAGGGGAGAUAUAAUUGGCUGUACAUUCACUUGAUCCUUUAGCUUCCUAUGGAGUUGCAUACUGUGGUUUAGUUUACAGUUAUUCAAAGGGACACCAGUGAGCAGAUCCACACUGAUCCAACUAGGGUAGAUGUACAGUGUAUAAGAAUGGUUAUAAUGAAGUUUGAAUCAGCCCUUUCAAUUGGUGACUGCUAAAGCAAUUUCCUUUCCCCUCCCUUUCCCUACAACAAACUUGUAAAAUGUUAUUUUCACGAAAUCUCUCUUCAAGACAACACUUUUAUGUACCAUGAUGUAGAUCUCAAUGUUUUAUUCUCCUUUUUCAAUACAAGUUAUAGUGAACAAACUAUAUUGUGCUCUUUGCCUUGGAUGCUUUCAAACCUUUAUAAAAUCUUCUAAUUUUCCUCCAGUCCAGACAGCAGCACUGAGCGGUUUUUAAAGAGGGUGGGUGGGUGGGUCCCAGGCUUUUAUUAUCUCUGUAAGACUGUGUUCUCAGUUGCUUCUUGAGAAUCCCAGAUGUUUGGCAGUAUAUUUAGAUUGGGGACAUGUGCUGGAGAAAGCAGAAAUGUGGUUUUUUUUUGUUUACAAUGCCUAUUUAGACUUGGAAAUUGAACAGCUGUUGCAUUUCAUCCUUUUUAAAAAUUUCUGUUGAAAUUUCAAAAUCAAAGCCAUCCCCAUAUCUCUACCAUUUGAUUGGUAUGUGUUCAGUAUACUUGUUUUUUUUCCCAUAAGACUUUUUUCUGCUUUUUCUUGUGGGGUGUUAACUGCACAUCCUUAAUUGUAAAAAAAGAGAAAAGAAAUAAAAAUAAACCAACC